AGACCGCUUAUUCAUGACUGUUGUCACGUUAUCCAGGAACACCUUACUUUGACGUAGUCCAGGCGGCCAGUUCUCAACCCAAUGUGGUACUGGGAACUGUAGGCUCUAAGAUGCGUCCACUGGGAAGUGAGUAGACGACGUGGGUGGUGGUACACGCGUCGGAUCGGACAUGCUUCCCAGCAUCCUCAAAGCAGUCGGCAAACAAGGCCUCUAUACAUGAGAUGGAGGCCUCCAGCAUUGCGCUAAAAAUUUCUUGGCUGCCUAUUUAUCCUACCUUUCGUGACAUGGCCAGGCCCUGCAAGGCCAACCCAACACCGCGUGACAGUCAUCUCCCUUCUACCCCGCCAGUAGGAACCGCCGACCACCAUUCUCGCAUAGUAUCACAACUGCAGCGUGCACACCACAGCAACCCGCGCGACUUCCACAGCGCAUCCGCACUAUGCCCAUCCGCAAUGGCCGCCCAAAGCUCCUUCCCUGCGAUGAUGAUGAUGAAAUCUUUUCAACAACUACAUCCCCUCUUGAUCGAGCCUGGCCAAACUUACAUUGAAUCAAAGACAACCCCUACUUUUCUGGAUCUCCACGUGAGCACUCAAUCCAAGGAUGCUAGGAACUCACCUCACCACUCUUCCGUGAACCGACCAUCAUAUCUCUUUUCCCCCUUACAUCAAUUUGCCGACUUUACAUCCGAGAAACCGAGAUCUAUCACCUCGAGACCACACCGUUAUGCUUUCGAUUCCACCCUUUUACAAACACCCUCCUUGAUCACAUUGUAGCCGACCGGCUUAAAGACGUACAUCUACUACUACUACUACUACUACUGCUAUUACUACUACUACAAUACUAUGCGUACUAGCGCUGGACAGGACAACUCCUCACAAAAGCCCAUCUUCCACUCAAAACAUGCGAGGCGUCACACGACAACGGGAAUCCCGCCAGCCUUGUCCUCUAUUGGAUGAUCGAGCGUGCAAUAUUGAUGCAGCGAUGUGACGGAGUAAUCUCAGCGGUUGUUUCUUGGACCCGUCCUAGCUCAGGCCGGAAUGCCAGUGGUCCUUGCGCUGCCCCUCUAUUGGGUCCCCUCCAUGCCAAACCAAGCCGGUAGAAAGUGUCUUAGUUAGCGUUUGAGCUGAGGCAGUACAACGUUAUAACUACAGCGAUUAGACGAGACACCUCUCUCUCUUCAUCUUCUCACGUCCCCAAUUCAAUGAUAGGAUUCGCACCGGUCCAGUCUGCAGGAGGAUCCGAGCCUUCAAUUACACCAUACUGGGGGCACUCUGCCAGUUGCAUGUGGCAGACCCUUCCAGCUGGGUCUUUUGUACGACGUGCGGUUGUAGCGCCGUAUUCCUAACGCUCGCCAGCCUUUAGCAUCAGUGGUCUAUAAUGCUCGUUGGGAUUCUUAAUUUCAGUCAG